CCGGGCUCCGUAGACAUCAUCCUCCCUCUCUCUCCCUCCCUCUCCUUUUCUCGGUUGGCUGUCGUUCAGCAGCUCGGUCCUGGUUCACCACACUGUGUCUGAAAAGUACUUCCAAAAUGACCAUGAAACUGGCUUACUGGGACAUCCGCGGGCUCGCCCAGCCCAUCCGCCUGCUGCUGGAAUACACCGGCACCAACUAUGAGGAUAAGUUUUACAGAUGCGGAGAAGCCCCCAACUAUGACAAGAGCUGCUGGUUUGAUGAGAAACCUAAACUUGGGAUGGACUUCCCCAAUCUGCCCUACCUGGAAGAUGGAGACAGGAAGAUCUCACAGAGCAAUGCAAUCAUGAGAUACAUUGCUCGUAAGCACAAUUUGUGUGGAGAGACAGAGGAUGAGAAGGUCCGUGUCGACAUCAUGGAGAACCAGGCCAUGGACUUCAGAAACGGUUUUGUGAGGAUGUGCUACACUGACUUUGACAACAUUAAGCCAGGUUACCUGAAGAUGCUGCCAGACACACUGAAGCAGUUCUCAAACUUCUUGGGAGACAGGAAGUGGUUUGCUGGUGACAAGAUCACUUUUGUGGACUUCAUUAUGUACGAGCUGUUGGACCAGCACAGGAUGUUUCACCCAACGUGUCUGGAUGAAUUCAAGAACCUCAAAGACCUUAUGGACCGAUUUGAGGCUCUGGAGAAGAUUGCUGCUUAUAUGAAAUCAAACAGAUUCAUGAAGACUCCCGUCAACAACAAGAUGGCAAAGUGGGGAAACAAAAAGGAGUAAAGAACAAAGCAUUUCUCACCACAGCAACAAGGAUCCAACAUUCAGUUUCAGGAUAAGAGAAGCAUUAGUAUGUACGGUACAUCCAAUCACCAUUUGGUUAUAGAGGUUUCAUAUUCUUUAAAUAUUUGAUGGACUUUCCAGAUGUUUUUUUCAUUCCUGCCAGUUCUAAAACUUGUAGUUGAUUCAGAAUUUGUGUAAAAGGAAAACCAGGUUUGGACUGAGUUUUGUGAGUACAGUUUUAAUUUGAUUUGGUGCAUUUGUUUAUUGGAAACAACCCUUUUUUGGACACAAUUAAAGAAAAUGCAGU